AUGAGGUGGAUUAUCGGACCAGUACUGGGCCCGGUGUGGGCAGAAUUGGCCGGAAAACCGAGUAUGUACGGGUACUUGGAGGAGGAUGCGUUGGCGCCUGGUAGCGGAGGCCCUUUUUACGAUUCCUUAAACCUCUCGGCCGCGCGUGCGGUGGCAGUCGCAGAUGCGGCAGCGCGUGGGGUGACAAGCACUGCAAGCCCGAGAGAUGAGACGACGACCAGUGGGACUAUGACUGAAACGGAAAGCACUGGGACGACCAGCACCACGACGACGGAGACGGAGACGACGUGGUCGAGUACAUCGGCGUCUUGCGAAUACGGGGCAUGGGGGGAGUGGAGUGGAUGCCCGUGCGACGCGGAGAAAGAGUAUUCGAACCGUACGGUGGUCAAGGUGGACCCGGAGGCGGUGUGUGAGGCCGACGUGCGCAGUCGCGCGUGUGAGCCGAACCCCUGUGAUCCGUGCACCCAGGGCAUUGGUGGUGAUCCGGCGUUGUUGGCGUGUAACCGACGGACCAGCACGUGUUCGUUCGAAGUGGGUUAUAAUGAGUAUAAUUACAGGUGUCGAUGCUUUGUGGGGUAUCAAUUGAUGGAGACGGCGGAGGCGUUACCUACGGGCUGUAAGGACUGUUGUGUGGAUAUUGACGAGUGCGCAGACCCCGUUUUGAACCAGUGUUCUGAUGUUUGCGAAGACGGUUUGGCCCAGCCACAAAAUUAUACCUGCAGCUGCCAGACCGGUCGGUACGCGGUGGACGCACGCUCCUGUGGAAGCUGCCAAUAUAGCCAGUGGUCGGCAUGGACCGACUGCUCUGUACAAUGUGGUACUGGCGAGACAAGCAGACACAAAACACCUGUGGACGAUUCCGUGGCCCAUCCCGACGUCUGCCAAACCAUUACUGAAUCCGACCAAUGCACCGCCAACGACUGUAACAACCCUGACGACUGCCACUACACAUCCUGGAGCGAUUUUGGCGACUGCGACCAAGAAUGCGGAGGUGGAAAACAAACACGGACGAGAACACUCGCAAACGGACCUGACCUUUGCGAACCAGAGCUCUUCGAGACCAUGCCAUGCAACACAGAACCCUGCGCUACCUCCGGUUAUAGGAUAUCCCCCAAAACAGUCGUCCUAUGCGCACUCGUCGUAAUCUUCCUACUCGUGCUCUUCUCCGCAGUCACCUGGUUCUGGUGGACCAGACAAGCUCCUCCCGGCGACCUCACAUGA